AUGCCCCUGGGUUUCUCAGGGGAGAGCUCAGCCAAGCCUGCAGCAGAGGACAUGACGUCAAAGGAUUACUACUUUGACUCAUACGCUCACUUUGGCAUCAUGAGGUGAAUGCUGAAGGAUGAAGUGCGCACGCUGACGUACCGUAACUCAAUGUUCCACAACAAACAUCUUUUUAAAGAUAAGGUGGUGCUGGACGUGGGCAGCGGGACGGGGAUCCUCUGCAUGUUCGCUGCUAAAGCUGGAGCCAAGAAGGUUAUAGGGAUCGAGUGCAGCAGCAUCUCAGACUAUGCUGUGAAAAUAGUGAAGGCCAAUAAGAUGGAUGAUGUUGUUACCAUCAUCAAGGGGAAGGUGGAGGAGGUGGACCUGCCCGUGGAAGGUGUAGACAUCAUCAUAUCAGAGUGGAUGGGUUACUGCCUCUUCUAUGAGUCCAUGCUCAACACAGUCAUCUAUGCCAGGGAUAAGUGGCUGGUAUGUAUGAAACCAGAUGGACUCAUCUUGCCAGACAGGGCGACUCUUUACGUUACUGCCAUUGAAGACAGGCAGUACAAGGACUACAAAAUCCACUGGUGGGAGAACGUGUAUGGAUUUGAUAUGUCCUGCAUUAAGGAGGUGGCGAUAAAGGAACCUCUGGUGGAUGUGGUCGACCCUAAACAGCUGGUUAGCAGCGCCUGUCUCAUCAGGUGGGUGGACAUCUACACGGUGAAGGCGGACGACCUCACCUUCACCUCAUUCUGCCUGCAGGUGAAGAGGAACGACUACAUCCACGCCCUGGUCACAUACUUCAACAUCGAGUUCACUCGCUGCCACAAGAGGACUGGAUUCUCCACUAGUCCAGAGUCUCCAUACACUCACUGGAAGCAGACAGUGUUCUACCUGGAAGAUUACCUGACUGUGAAGACUGGAGAGGAGAUCUUUGGCACCAUCAGCAUGAAGCCCAAUGUCAAGAACAACAGAGACCUGGACUUCACCGUUGACAUCGACUUCAAGGGCCAGCUGUGUGAGCUGUCCAAGACGUCAGAGUACCGGAUGCGUUAACCUGUUCAGUCUGGCGUCCCCUCUGCAGCAACAUUUUAAAGACUCUUCUUCUUUUUUUUUUUGUCAUUUUCUUGUUCAAACAGUAUUUGAAGGUUUUCACAUCCUCGGGGUCAAAGUGCGUUGCCGUGGUGAAUCAUUGUGCCGUAGUCACUCAGCGGAGUGUGUGCCUGCUGUCUGAGUCUUCUUUGGGGAGGGGUUUGUUUUGUUGGUUCAUGUCCUCUGCAUGUGUCAGACCCAUGUAGACCUGAACACAGCGGCCCUGUUCACACGUCUGCAGAGUGUUACCGUUCACCCCCGUUGCCCCCUCAUUCCCUGUAAUACGUGUGGAAGUCUGUUCUUCUUUCUCAUCUGUUAAAAGCUGUAGAUGUGAGUCUUUUAGAGAUUCCUGUUUUCUCAAGAACCUGCCUCCUCCACAUGUGUACAGUUCAUAGAAACAUGUGCGACAUCGACCUGUUCAGACCAGAACCAGCGACGCGUUGGUGUGAAUGUGGUGCAGAUACGUGUUAAGAUAUCACAGCAGCUUAUUCCCUGAGCUACAGGGCAGAAAGAGAAGAACGAUGCACCAGGAUUGCGUGCUAAAUUUCAUCUUCUUAAGCCCCGCCCCUUUGAUACGUUUGUUUAGGCUUAAUUUGAACUUUCUUACUGCCAUCUAAAAAGAAAUUGACAGUUUAAAGGAUCAACAACAGCAGGAGGUCCUUUAUUUUUGGAACAUUCAGAGGAUUUGAGUGAUUGAUUUUACUGAAUUUAUCUGUCUUUGGUUGUUUUGUUUUUUUACAAACUUAAGUUUUGUAAAAGCCCAUGCACUGUGUCCUAAACAACUUGCACACCGAUUCUGCACUGUAGAUUCUUUUGCUCAUCAUGAUGUGUCGUGAACGAUACAUACACUUCCUCUUGCUGUAACACAAUUUACUACAAGCUGCACGUUCAGAAACCUGCUGCCAGUUAAACUCUAUAGAGUCUUCAAAAUGUUCUUCUGGAGACUUCAUACUUAAGUUGUGGGCCGUCUUUCCCUACACACAACCUGCACGCUUUAAAUAAACUGUAUUCAGCAGUUUGAGUUCCUUCAAACCUGCUUUAGAAGCAAGUGUGUGGUUUGGUGUUGGGACGCAGUGCAUUUCAGAUUCUGCACAUUCUCAGUUGUCCUGUGUGAUGUCUGGGCUCGCGAUCUAUCCCUCCAUAUUUGAUCCAGUGACAUCCUACAGUUAGUGCCGGACCUAAAGAAAAAUAGUUUUUAGCGGGGACCAGGUCUAGAGAUUUAGCUCCGGUGGACUUUCCCCCUGUGUGCACAUGUGUGUCACAGUGUACAGAUGCAGUGUCUGUGUCUGAACAGUAGAACCCAUGUAUGUCCCUCUGCAGAGUCAGCUCCGUCUCACGACAUACAAACUUUUUUUUCUCUUUUGUAUUUUUGUUUGCAGCUGCUGCGUUAUUUUUUUUAAAAUAAAACUAAUAAACUGGAAAUGUAAA